UAUUUUAUUACUAUAUUGCUAACUUGGUUUUGUUCAACAACAGAUGAGCCAAAAAUAAAGCUAAUCUUUAUCCAAACCUCUAAUGAAUGUGACGAGGCGUAACGUAAAGUAACGCUCGCGCGGGAAAAGAGUAAAGAAAAAAAGCAGUAGCCGUUAGAUGUAGGGAGAAUGGAGGGGUCAGAUUAGUUGCUUCACAAGAAAGCUCAUAAAAAGGGCAAAACAGGUAAUGAGUGUUGGACCCACGGAAGAGGUGAGAACGAUCACGUUGAAAAGGGAAGAUGCUAUAGAAUAUUCGUAAAAUCCCGUCGUUUCUCACAUUAAACCCCUCCAAUAAAUUCACAUUUUUAGUUUUCGCCCUUUGAAAUCUCUUUAAAAUCCAUCAGUUCUUCAUCACCUUCACUCGCCGCACUCUUCAACUGAUUUUUCAAAGAUGACGACAACACCUCAGAUUUCGGAGAUGGAGCAAGAGCAGCUGAUCGAGAAGCUCGAGAUCUUCAAGAUCCAUGGCAGAGAUAAACGCGGCCGUAAGAUCCUUCGUAUCAUCGGCAAAUUCUUUCCAGCUCGGUUUCUAUCACUGGAUGUGUUGAACAAGUACCUAGAGGAGAAGAUCUUCCCUCGACUAGGGAGAAAACCAUUCGCCGUGCUCUACGUUCACACCGGCGUACAGAGGAGCGAGAAUUUCCCUGGAAUCUCAGCUCUACGAGCGAUCUACGACGCGAUUCCCGUAAACGUCAGAGACAAUCUCCAGGAGGUUUACUUCCUCCACCCAGGCCUCCAGUCACGUCUCUUCCUCGCCACUUGCGGCCGAUUCCUCUUCUCCGGCGGGUUGUACGGGAAGCUAAGGUACAUAAGCAGAGUUGACUACUUGUGGGAGCACGUGAGGAGGAACGAGAUAGAGAUGCCGGAGUUUGUUUACGACCACGACGACGAUCUAGAGUACCGUCCGAUGAUGGAUUACGGUCAGGAGAGCGAUCACGCUAGGGUUUACGCCGGAGCCACCGCCGUAGAUUCAUCAGUCUCCAGUUUCUCGAUGAGGUGUAUCUCGUAGCGUGACCCACCAGAUCUCCGGUCGUAUCUUUUAAACCGUAUAAUAUACGAUUAAAAUAUCAAAAAGUAGUCACGAAUAGAUGGUGGUGCUUCUCGCGGCCAGUGAGCGUUUUUUACGGGAAAAAAAAAAUAGAAAAGAAAAGCUGUUGGUGUUUGGAUAAGGAAAGGUUGUGAAUCUUUAGAUUUUUUUUUUCUUUCUUAAACCUGUUCUUUUCUCUUUUUAAAUAGUUUUUAAUGUUUCUUUGGAGAAAUUUGUUGAUCUUUUCUUUAGUGGUGGUCGUUGUGAGUUGUCGAAAAUCUUGUGUAUAUGUUGAUAUAAUAUGUUAGUGUAACAUUAGUUGUAAAAACAAAAAUACGUCAAUGUCACAAGUUAUUUUAUUAA